AAUUCCUGUUGACAGGAAACACCACCAACUCGAUAUCAAAAUCCUCGACUGCGAAUAGUCGAACCCCCGCAGUCCGCCCAUCAUGGACGCCGUACUUCGACAAUCCAAGUCCAUGUGUCCAUUCUUGAAGAAGACUUCUCCCGCCACUCUUCGAGCCCUCUCCACCUCGACCCGUCAAUCCUCCCCGGGUGGUGGCAGCAUGUCUAAUUUGCAGACCAUUGCCCGUCGCUGCCCCAUCAUGGGAAAGGCUCUCGCUGUCCAGACCGCAAAAUCCGGCAAGGUGGGGCUUGGUGGCGUCGCAGCUUUGGGAGUUAUCAGAGCCUUCUCCAGCAAGGUGAACUCUGGAAAGGCCAAAUUGCACACUAGCCGUCAACACGGUGCUCGCGCUGUUGAAGAUACCCUCUUUGGCCGUGAGAAUGUUCCGUACCCGCAACAUGUCAAGCCUACCCGUCAACCAGCCCACCAUACUGCUCCGAAAUUCGACUAUGAGGGAUUCUACAAUACCGAACUCGACAAGAAGCACAAGGACAAGUCUUACCGUUACUUCAACAACAUCAAUCGUCUUGCUAAGGAGUUUCCCCGCGCUCAUAUGUCCAAGAAGGAUGAGAAGGUUACGGUUUGGUGCUCCAACGACUACCUUGGAAUGGGUCGCAACCCCCAGGUUCUGAAGCAGAUGCACGAAACUCUCGAUGAAUAUGGCGCAGGUGCUGGAGGAACUAGGAAUAUCUCUGGCCAUAAUCAGCAUGCUGUGGGUUUGGAGGCGUCGAUUGCAAAACUCCAUGCGAAGGAUGCAGCAUUAGUGUUCACUUCCUGCUAUGUUGCGAAUGAUGCUACUCUGGCAACCUUGGGAAGCAAGUUACCGGACUGUGUCAUUCUUUCGGAUAGCCUGAAUCAUGCUUCUAUGAUCCAGGGAAUUCGUCAUUCUGGAGCGAAGAAGGUUGUGUUCAAGCAUAAUGAUCUAGCUGAUUUGGAGGCAAAGCUUGCAGCUCUACCAGCCCACGUUCCGAAGAUCAUUGCAUUUGAAUCAGUUUACAGCAUGUGUGGCAGUAUUGGACCCAUUGAAGGAAUUUGCGACCUCGCUGAAAAGUAUGGCGCGUUGACCUUUCUCGAUGAAGUUCAUGCUGUAGGCAUGUACGGACCACACGGAGCUGGUGUAGCAGAACAUCUUGAUUACGAAGCCCAUCUAGCGGGUCGUCCACGUGGGACAAUCAUGGACCGUGUUGAUAUCAUUACUGGUACCCUUGGAAAGGCAUAUGGUUGUGUAGGCGGAUACAUUGCGGGAUCUACCAAGAUGGUUGAUACAAUCCGUUCUCUGGCACCUGGAUUCAUCUUCACCACCUCACUUCCUCCAGCGACAAUGGCAGGUGCCAAAACUGCAAUAGAAUACCAAAUGGAAUACCAAGGCGAUCGACGACUCCAGCAACUGCACACUCGGGCCGUGAAGGACUCUCUCUCCGAGCGCGAUAUUCCCGUAAUCCCUAACCCCUCACAUAUUAUCCCUGUCCUGGUUGCAAACGCCGAAUUGGCGAAGAAGGCAUCUGAUAUGCUCUUGGAUGACCAUGGAAUUUAUGUCCAAUCCAUCAAUUACCCCACCGUUCCUGUGGGUCAGGAGCGUCUCCGCAUCACUCCUACACCAGGCCACAUCCGUGAAUAUCGCGAACAUCUAGUUUCAGCGCUUGAAUCGGUCUGGAAUGACCUGGGAUUGAAGCGUACGAGUGAGUGGGCUAAGGAAGGAGGGUUUAUUGGUGUCGGUGAGCCUGGAUUCCAGGCACCAGAACCUCUCUGGACUGAUGCACAAUUGGGUGUUAGUGAGGUAGUGAAGGAAAUGAAGGCUGGUUCGGGUCCGGUGGGCGUCAUGGAAGCUCUACUUGAGCGAGAGACGAAGGAGACAGCCAGAGCUGUUUCCGCUGCUGCUUAAGCCGGCACGCCUCGUUUCGCUGCAGGUCAUCGACCUAGAAUGCAGCAUGGCAGAUGUUGAGGAGAGCUCAUCGGACCCAAAACCACGUUCCUUCGAGCGAUAUCACUUGAUUACUGAUUUAGUUUAUUUUGCUAGGCGCCAGUUGGCGAUAUAUCGCGAAUCUGGUCGUCUACGCUAUGAAAGCUUUGCCUUUUG